AUGUUGAUCAGCGUCAUUUGUGAAUCGCCUCUAAACAUCACAGGUGUACGUUCAAAUCGAGCAUGCAUCGGUGUUCCGAUCAAUGUCACAUUGACCGAAACUAUUAUUGCUCAGGUCUAUUGUGCUAAUAAUUCAAUCACAGAGUUUUUAACGAGUACGCCAAUGUACAUGACAAAGACGUCUGUGCUUCCAGUUGGAACAUCAGCGCCGACCAGUUAUUACAUUACAAUGACAUGGACACCAACUGAAGAUCAAUAUGGUCCUCAGGUGUUUUGUGCAUCACCCAUCGAUAACAAAGGCUUGUCUGGUUCUCAAUAUUGCAUCAACUAUGUCGCUGGUCUUGGUAGUCCUGAUUUAAUACAAUCAGCCUAUAUUAUUGGCACUCAAUCACCCAUCGGUGUCGUAUUUUCAAAUCAAUCGAUUUUUAGUAUACAAGCAACUGGUACUGUUCAUCGCCCCAAUCGUAAUGGGACAUAUAUAAAAAUCAUACAUCAAAAUGGUACUGUGGUCUGGCAGAUUGACUGUGGAUACGAUGCAAAUUCCAGUUAUCCGGAUCUUCUCUAUACAAAUCAAACAAUAUUAUUUAUUGUACGAAAUCCAAAUUGGGUGCCGGGUGCUCUUUAUUAUAUAACAUUUGAUUCUGGUGCAUCUUCUGGAACAGCGUUUUGUGGCCCUGAAUCAAAGCCAGAAUUAGGUUGCAAACGUUCGGAUUUUUGGAAUUUUACAAUUUGGGAUUCUCAGCAAUCAAGUACAACAACGACCACAACAACGGCAGGUACCAUUCCCUCAGUCACUACAAGAUCUCUUAGUACAACGACGGCGAACCCAGCUUUGACAACUACGGGUAUGGCUGUGACAAUCACUACAGGUGGCACAACAACUGUAGCCAUUACCUCAACGACAUCUGUCACAACCACGACAACAUCAAGUAAGGCACAGUUUCAAAUUUGUCACACUUUGAGUGAUGGCUGA